AUGGCUCAACCCCCAAGACUCCCCGUCCCAAACGCCCAAAUCUUCCAUUACUUCGACGGGAGCUACGCGGAGCCUGCCGAGGACACCGACGACGCCAGAACGAGGUAUUACAACGAAUCGCUGAUGGCGUACGGGGUGCUCCUGCGGAAUAUGUCGCCGGCGGAGCAGCUCAACAUUCGUUCAUACAAGACCUCGGCUGCUCCAGCCCUCAACGCCUGGCGGCACCUGACAGGAGUCUAUCAGCCCAAGGACUCCGUCUCUUCGAGCCGACUACUCCAGGAACUCCUGGAAACUAAGAUGACCGCAGGGGAGAAGGUCAACAACUACCUUAAUCGCUGUCGGAGCCUUCGCGAUCAAAUCGUGAAGCUGGGAAGCUCGAUUUCCGAAGAAAUCUUCGUCAAUAUCGUGCUUCAAGGGCUCGGCCCAGAGUGGCGGCCCUGCAAGGCGCUUCUCCGACAGCAGGGGGUCAUCUCGGAGGCCGCCCUUUGCGCCGCCCUUCUCGUCGAACAAAGGGAUAUGGAUCAGCAGCGACCUGCGCCGCGACGAGAACGCGAACGGCUCGCCUUCUACGCCGACAACACCGAAGAGCGAAAGCCACGGCGCCUCUACUGCAAAAUCUGCAGAAACUUUGGGCACUUGGCGGAUCGCUGCAAGCACCGAUCUCGCCCUCGCCAGACCAAUCCGAGCACCUGGUCCGGCCGUCAAGACGCACGAGGCGACGUGCGUCCAGCCCAGGGGUAUCAGCCCCCUCCCGCGCGCAACCUGAACCCAACGGUUCAGCAUCAGCAGCAGCAGCCGUCAUCGACUGCCCCAGUUCGCAACGUCAUGAGCAACAUGGCCAUGACAGGCGAAUCGCGUCGUCGCCGCGUGCGCUCACCUUCACCUGAGCCGGCACCGCACCCCAUUGGCGCGUUCAACAACAACAACCCCUUCAGCCCGCGCCACGACUUCACCGACGACGACGAUCAGGACUGGAAUCUCCCAGUCCCGCUGCUUGAAAGUCCCCCGCACGUACCUGAUAUGCGGGUGGCGCCACUCGAUUGGCUCUCGCGCGAGCAAUUUUUGAAGUUCGACACUCCGCACAUCGUCACGCCGCGACUGGCGCUGCUGGCGCGUGACGACAACAAGCGCUACAACACCUGGUACCUGGACAGCUGCUGCGGCCAGCAUAUGGUGGGCUCCGAGCGUUACAUAUCCAACGCCGUCCCCACCCCUACCGUCACUUACGUCACUGUGGCGAACAACACGCGCCUGCGCGCAAGCGCGCAAGGCAUCGUCGUGCUUAAAGCACGUGGAAGCCGCACGCACAUCACUCUUAAUGAUGUGCUGAUCGUCCAGAACCUGCGCUUCAACCUCCUGUCCGCCGCACAGCUCAUGGAUUGCGGCGUCGACCUCAGCACGGACCGCGCGACGCGAGACAUCCUGCUGCACUACGAAGCACGGAACUUCCCCCGCAGGCAGAUCGGACGAGCGCACUCCGAAAAUGGAGUAUACGUCCUGGACUUCGACAUCCCCGACUGCAGCGGCGACUCGCACGAGCUGAUUGACCUCGUGCCACUGCGCUUCGAGCACAUCCACCGCAGGGAUUGGAAGCACCCUGACGGCAGACCGUGGGUGCCGCAUCAUCCCCACCUAUGUGAGACGGCUCUGCACAACCCCGAUCCAGACCGCAUCUGUCGGGACUGCCACAGGCCGACGACAUCAACGAGCGCGAUCGCCGGCCGCGGACUUGCCACGAUUGCAGAAGCAGAGCGCCACGCACCACCAGAAGAAGGGAUGUCACAGCUCGAGCUCGAAGCCGCCACUCGCCGCGUGUUCGGCACCGACCAAAGUCCCCACGCUGGACCUCCCUCCCAGCGACUCGAAAGCAUCCUGCGCGGACAACGCCGCGGAAGCCUGGACUCACGCGGAGUUGCGCGCCCCUACACUCUCAAAGAGUUCCUGAAGCUCUACCCCCACUGGCGCGACCCCACUGCAAAGCUCACCGUAGAACAAGAAGAAGAACUGGCGCGGCGCGAAGCUGAGGAGCUGCGUCAGCAGAGUCUCGCCGAAGCACGCGGAACCUUCGCUUGCGGCGCAUGGGGAGCCGAAGCGGAAGAAAGUGCCUCCAAUGAAGGGGGGUGGGGGAGCACCGGAGGAUGGGGAACAAGCGACACCGGCGGAUGGGGGAAUACCGGCGGAACCUGGGCUAGCGCUAGCGGCGGAUGGGGCGCCGCAUCUGGCGCCGACAAUAGCGGCUGGGGAACUUUCCGCGAAGAACGAAGGGGGGAAGAAGAUGAAGCUGAAGAAGCUGAGGCAACGCACGAAGCAACACCUGCAGUCGUUCCUCUUGGUCGUCCCCCGCGUCGCACUCCACCCGCACCACCUCCUCCUGACAUUCCCCCGCACCACGACCCGUGGGACACCCUCCACUGGGAUAACGAGCCGUCAACCCCACGCCGUACCGCCUACGGGCCCGCUCCCGAGCCACGCGAACCAACCCUCGUCCCUGGCACUAUUCCCGAGACCAACAUCCCGCUUUCCGAGAUCCGCGACAGAGAAUUUCUGGCGCUGAUGCUCACUACCGUGGCCGAAGAAGAAGAAGCAGAAGAAGUAGCAGCAGAACCUGUUCGUGAAGACCUGUUCAUGUACGCUACAUGCGCACUUCCGGAUUUCGCGCUGACGAUACACUCUGGCACCAGCGCCUCGGACAUCCUUCACGCGCGACGCUGA